GGGCGGGUGCGCUCAGUCUGGCGGCGGCGGUGGUGCACGGACAGACAGACGUGUCGGGAGCGCAGCACCGCCCGCAGCCCAGCAAUCCGGGCCGCGCCCGCCCUCCCGCCCGCCCGCCAUGGUGUCGUGGAUCAUCUCCAGGCUGGUGGUGCUCAUAUUUGGCACCCUUUAUCCUGCAUAUUAUUCAUACAAGGCUGUGAAGUCCAAGGACAUUAAGGAAUAUGUCAAAUGGAUGAUGUACUGGAUUAUAUUUGCCCUCUUCACCACAGCAGAGACAUUCACAGACAUCUUCCUUUGCUGGUUUCCAUUCUAUUAUGAACUAAAAAUAGCAUUUGUAGCCUGGCUGCUGUCUCCCUAUACAAAAGGAUCCAGUCUCCUCUACAGGAAGUUUGUUCAUCCCACACUGUCUUCAAAAGAAAAGGAAAUCGACGACUGCCUGGUCCAAGCAAAAGAUCGAAGUUAUGACGCCCUCGUGCACUUUGGGAAGCGGGGCUUGAAUGUGGCGGCCACAGCUGCUGUGAUGGCUGCCUCCAAGGGACAGGGUGCCUUGUCAGAGAGACUUCGGAGCUUCAGCAUGCAGGACCUCACCACCAUCCGAGGUGAUGGUGCUCCUGCUCCCUCAGGCCCUUCUCCACCAGGGACUGGGCGGUCCAGCGGCAAACACGGCCAGCCCAAGAUGUCCAGGAGUGCUUCUGAGAGUGCCGGCAGCUCAGUGUGUACCUGCUGCUCCACCUGCAGGACCCGGAAAGUGGUUGAGGGAGAUGUGAAUGAGGGUGGUGUGAAGUCAUGGGAGCCCCACCAGGUCCGAAACCCGCUGGCGUUUUCUGAUGAGGAGGAGGAGGACCUGUUGGAGUUCAUGUACAAGUACAAAGCACCGAGGAGGACCGAGCUGCCCCUGGAGGCACCGCCUAGAACCCUUCGGUCCCGCUUCAGGAAGAAAAGUACCUCAUCCUCGGCCACUGAAACCAUGUGAGAUGAGCCAACCGCGCCGGAUCCACAGAUGUCUGUCUCUCCUCUGCCUUAAAGAGCUAGUCACUAGUAACACGGAAAUCCGCAGGCUGGGCGUGCUCUGAGUGGGCAGCCCACAGACACGGCCUUUACUCGCUCCCCUCUCUGCCUUUACGGAUUUUCUGUUCUCUUUCCUUUUUGUUCCUGCUGGGGAGAGGCUAACGGGAGAAGGUGGUGGUGGAGGGUGACCUUUACGUCUUCUGGGGUUAGUAAUUUUCCACAAUUGGAUUGUCAUUGUGGCCACAGUGUUUUUAGAUAUAUAAGCACUCUUUCCAUGAUGCUGCUGAGAUGUACAUUUGUAACUUAUUUGUUGCAUAGUUUUUAGUCCUGUAAAUGCAAACGAAGUGAUCUUUUUUAAAAACCCUUUUGUUGUUCUUGGUACUAAUACAUUGGACUGUGGUGUACAUAUUUACAGCUUCUGGCUUAAUGUAAUGAACUCGCAAGGGCUGCCGGAAGUUCUGAUGAGAGAGCUACAAAAACAAAAACGUAGACAAAUAUUUUGAUCCUAGGCAAUGUCUCCAACCUGCUUUCAAAGCCAGUGCCAGUAGGGCAUCCCCUCUCCUGCAGGAGGGUGGCCAUGUGCAUCUGGUGGCUGUGUGGCUAGGAGGGCAGAGCUGAGGCAGGAGCCCAGUGUUCCAGCAACAGGGAGGAAGGUCGCUGGGUGUCAGGGAAGAGGAAGGAAGAACACGGCUUCUUCAGACCUGGGGCCAGGCCGUCCUAACAGGCUUGUUGUGCUGUACUUGUCUCCACCUUCCUGCCCUGUGGGUUCAAGAGUAGAAGCUUCCGGGCCCUUCGGAAGCACAGGUACAACUUCAGGCAGGCAGGCUCACCCUUAGGGAGCACGGGUGCUGCUGCAAGCAGGCAGGCAGCCUCACCCUUAGCAGCCGUUUGGGGGAGGAAGACUCAGCUGCUGGCAGAACUGCAAGUAUCUCAGAAGUGCUUGGCAAGAGUGUUUCUCCUUCAGGGACCAGUGCUGUGGCUGAUUUUUCCAGGAGGAGGCGCCUACAUCUGAGCACCUUGUUUUCAAGUACACUAGGCAAAGAGAAGGAAAAAAAAAGCCUAGAACUAGGUUUUGUUACAGAUGUGCUCAAAACAUGAGACACUCACCUCUCAAAUGACCACCGAAGGCAGGGUCUAGGGAGGCCUGAGGCCAAGCCACAGGCAGUCGUGGCUCCUGCUGCCUUCUGGCUUGUGUGGAGGAUGACAGGAUGGACAGACAUGCUCACCCCGUGUCUUCGUGGAUGCUUUAUACAAACCAGGACUGCACUGGGAAUUUUGACAAGUCUGACUUAGGUGACACUGCAUUCUGAGGGCUGCCCUCUCCUCGGAUAGCUGAGCCAAACCGUAGGGCAAAUCUAUCUGUGUGUAGAGUUGGUGUUUUCUUUCCAUGUAAUGCAUGCAGCAGUCACAACCCAGUUACUCCUAUUUGGAUUAUAUUUGUUUACAGCUAUGCCCUGAAGGCUAGAGAAAUAGUGUUGAAUACCAUAUAGAACUGUCAACUGACUGCAAACAGGCUCAAUUACAAACCACUCUGGUACCGAGCUAUGCAAACAUGCACCGGGAGACUGCUACAUUAGCUGGGCUUUGGCCAUUUCACGAAGGGUUUCGGUUGGAGUUCAUUGCUGCCAGAUAUACCUAAUGGAAUUUUCCAAAGGCGAUUUUGUAUUUUAGAAUUAGUCCUCCCUUCAUCACCCGAAAGCUGCUGGCUGAAGGUCAACAGUCUGCCUGUGCCUCUUGCCCGUCUGAACCCAUUAAGAAAAGCACCUGUCCUCUUCAAGCUCACCCAACAGCCCCAGACAAGAGAAAUGAUGCCCUUUAAAGCAUACAAACAUGCCCGCUGUGUGUGUCCAGGAUGAAGAGAAACAGUGCAGGAAGGCCUAAGAGGGCAGCUUGGCAGCCCCCUGCCCCCACCCCAACAACAAACGGCUUUAGGGACAGAGUUUAAGUCUUAGUAUAUUUUCACGGUUUUACAACAGGAUAAUACAUCUAGGCUCUCCAGUUUGUACUCAGCCGCGCCAAAACCCAGUUCAAAGCACUCCUCAGACAUGCUGUAUUACUUCUUGCUCAAGAUUUAAAAUAUAGAGGUAUCUAAAUCAUUGUCUAAUUGUAAAUGUAACUAUUUUUCCUUCAAGUGUUGACUAAGAAGUCGUUUCCUCUCUAUAAGAUUCUCACUGUACAGCCAAACGCAGCUGUCUUAUUUCUUGAGACCUGUGUUUACCUUUCUGAUAAGCGGUGUAUUUGUAUGUAGACUGCCAUAUGAUGUGAAUGACCCUGUACAUGUAGAGGUGUGGUGCUCUGUCUAAGCAGGAUAAAUGAAUGUUUCUAGUUUGCUGACUUAAAAUCUGCUGUUUACAGAUUGCUAGAUGGAAGGUCUACUUGUCUUGGCUUUGAAUUACUCUCCGUGGAGCACCCGCCCCAUUUCUGAAGAGGUGAGGUGUGGCCUCGUGCUCAUCAACAGGAGACUUCGUCAUAAUGCCUCCUGACUGUGUGUGAAUAGCUUGCUCACUUUGCUGGCCUUUGACAUGUAUGUUCUCCGUGGUAAACUGUCCAUGUGUUUGUAUUAAGUGCUUGUCCAUCACAACCAUCACGUAGCAGCCCCGUUCUUCACCUUGCACAGUAUUUGAAGUAUUAGACGUGGUGGAAGACGUGCUUCAUCCUCUCACAGUGUACGCUUGAAGAGCUGAUGUUCCAGAUUGGGACGUGCGCAUUUCCUCUAGUUUAUUUCUGAAGUCUCUCUAGAAUGAGUAUAAUUAAAUAGUAUACUGGACUGUGUAUCUAAGGGGUGUAAAUUGCAGUAUUCCAAAGGCUGAAGCUCUGCUGUUUUGUUAUAAUGCCUGAUAAACAUCUUGAAUAA